AUGCGGACGUCCGCUCCAUUAGGUGGAACUUCAGUUCUGCUAACUAACGAAGAGAAUGUUACGUUGCACUCAUUGUUUGGAGCUGGGUGUGAGUCGUUAGCUUCUGCUGUGGUACGAUAUUUCAAAGGUGAAAAUGAGUCCAACUGGGUGCUUAAAGGGUGUGGUGUUGCUUGUUGUAUCAAGGAUAGAAAUUAUAAAGACUACUUCAUCAGAAUAUAUGACGUAAUUAGGAAGAUUCUUCUCUUAGAACAAAGGCUUUUUUUGGAAAUGAAUUAUACUGAAGAGCUAAAACACUUCCACAUAUUGCAAUCAGAUAAUGGACCAAUUGGACUUGCUUUUGCAUCACUUGAGGAAGCUAAAUAUUUCGCAAAUGUGAUGAAUAGUCGUUUAAGGUCUAUACGUGCGGCCGGUGCGGAAAGGCCUCCAUCGACUCUUCAUAACACUGGUUCUCAGCCAAUUAUACAAGCUGGUAUCUUUAGUUUAAAUCAAGCGAAAAUAUCUGACCAAGGAAUCAUGCUUAAAAGAGGCAGGACUCAGUCUAAAGGAAAGAAGCAGAAGCUUACUUCAAAGGAUAUCAGUAAUCCAUCAAACUUUCGUCAUAUUGAACAUGUUGGUUAUGACAGAGAGGCUAAAACCUUUGACAUAUCCUCCCAAGAAAGUGCAAUCAUGCGUAAUAUACUACGUGCUAUUGGCCGUGAGGAUGCCAUGAAUAUACCAAGUGAACGAAAAUUCGUUUACAAUUUUGCACGUGAACAUGGUGGUUUAGAAGAAAUACAACGGCAGAUAAACAGUUCCCAGAGUGAUGGUCGUAAUGCACCAAGUGCUCCUCCUCCUCCGAGACCACCUCCUCCCCCACCACCUUCCGGGCCUCGCCGACCACACCCAGGACCUGCUGUUCCUGGACCACCGUCAAACAUACACCAUCCACCACCUCCUCCUGUGCCUCUAGUUGCCCCGAAACCAGUCGCACCACCACCACCUACUUUACCUGCACCUCCUCUCUUUGAAAUUCCUGCCCCGCCACCACCUCCCCUGCUUUUCCUAGUUCUAUACCUGCUCCUCCUCCUCCUCCUCCACCCCUACCAUCGUCUGAACCUGAUGGUUCUGGAAAAGAAAAUACAUCAAGUACAGUUGCUCCGAAGCCUGCAGCAGGUUUGA